CCACCCCUGCCUAUGAGAGCCUCAGUUGGGCCACCCGGGUCAAAAAGUUCUGGACACGCCCCUACUAAUGUUAUGUUGAUAUUGUGCCCCCCCUAUCCUUAAAGUCACUUUCUCCGAAGCCAUAUCGUGUGUUUAGUCUUCCCUUCAGUGUUGUGAACUCCAGUUUUGUCUCCUACUCAAGGCCAGAGAUGCCUGUUGCUGCUCACACAGCGGGAUCAUGGAGCUCCACCUCUGCAGCCUGCAGCAGAAGAUGAAACACGUCAGCGGCUGAGAUGCUUUCCCUGGCCAAAGAGGAAUCUGGACUCUUGUGCCAUCUGCUGAGAGAAUGUGGUGUGUCACAGCCUGCCUUCUAAACAUGGGCCAGCAUAAAGACAUUGAUGGAAUUACUUUGACUUGUACCAGCCUGGGGUAACAUUAUGGUUCUGGGCCAAGCUGUCAACAUGAGUUUGAUGGACAUUUCAAAGAUCUUCUCCUUGCUGCAGCCUAAGGAGGAGGAUGAGGACAAUGAGCAGUGCCAGGCUUUGAACAACGCCGUGAGCAGUGAUGACGUGACGCUGCUCGCAGAGCUGCUGUCUCAGGAGACUUACAGGAGGUCUAUCAAUGCUCGAAGCGGGUGGGGGGUCCCUGUAACCCCCCUGCGCACUGCUGCAGCUCUGGGACACCUGAGGUGCUUGGAGUUGUUGUUAGAGCAUGGUGCAGAGAUCGACAGCUUGGACGUGAAGGCCCAGACUCCUCUCUUCACAGCUGUCAGUGGGAAACAUUUAGAUUGUGUGGUCGCUCUGCUGAAAGCCGGGGCCGAUCCUAACGGCAGCCAGUACAACAACUGCUCCCCGGUGCUGACUGCAGCCCGGGAGGGAGAUUUAGACAUUCUCAAAGAGCUGCUGCGGUUUGGAGCCGAGGUGGAUGUCAGACCUAAGGUCCCUGAGUGGGCCUCAAAUGCUACAGCCUGCAGAGGGCCUCUUUAUAUCUCAGCUGUUUAUGGACACCUGGGCUGCUUUAAACUGCUUCUGCUCCAUGAGGCCAACCCCAACUACAACUGCACAGAUGAGAAGAUGCUGGCCCGGAUAAAGCAGCCAAAGACGGUUCUGGAGGUGUGUCUGCGGUACGGCUGUGGGGUGGAGUACAUCCAGCUUCUCAUAGACUUUGGGGCAGACGUGUAUCUGCCAACACUGAUCAUUGACAAGACUACAAAGCAGAAUGAAGCUCUGGUUCUGCUGCUCAAAGAAAGAGUUUGUCCCAAACCACUGAUGUCACAGACUCGUCUAGCAAUACGAGGAAACAUCCCCUUCACCAAUAAGGAGCCUGCUAUAGACAGUUUGGAUGUCCCUCUUAUCCUGAGGAACUAUCUGAAGCACAACACCUCUGAACUCCAGUGAUGUUAACAUUAUCAUCCAAUAAUAUGGCCAGUCAUUUUUAUUUUACCUCAACGCUCUGCACCAAAGAGCUUACACACAUUUGUACAACCAGUCCUUGAGUGUGAGAUUUUCUCUGGCUCCUUUAGAGGUCACUCUACCACGGCAGCACUGUAAAUUCUCACUUUUACGACGAAGCUUGAAGUUUGUGACUUUCUUUGUGUAUUUAUUUCAGGGCUUAGAUGUUUUAAUAGGUAGUUUAGCUCUUGAAGUGUCCUUCUGCAGAUUGUUGUUCUGAUGGGCUCCAUGUUGUAAAAAAUUCUGCCAUGUUCUUGGGAAGUUGUAACACCGAGGUUGGCCACUAGAGACCACAGUAAUACUGCAGAUUGCUCUUGUCAGGCUUGAGACGCAUUAUUUGGAACUUUGAUCAUCCGUUAAUGCCUCUUGCAUCACCUUUGGCUUUUUCACAGGUGACAUUACAUAAUCAAGUAAAUUAACACUUUAGUUUGUCACUCAUUCAGACACUGGAGGGACAGACAGACAGACAGACAGACAGACAGACAGACAGACAGACAGACAGACAGACAGACAGACAGACAGACAGUUAGUUGUCUGCUCUGUGCAAGAAUGUCUUAGUUCUUAGCUGAAAAACAGACACACAUCUUUGGACUUCAAGACACAUUAAAGCAGAGUGAUCAGCCAACUGGGAGAACAAACCUGUAUAAGUCUCAUUACUUAUUGAUUAUAGACUGAGUGUUAUUCUUUAGAGGCUCCAGUUUGAAGUUGACUUUUCGAAAACAGUCUUUUGUGACUCCCUCCCUACAUUAUUAUCUUAUUACAGUAACCUAUGCCCUUAAAUCCUCCCUCUGCAGGACAUCCAAUGCCUCCGCAGUUGAAAAUCAGACCUACAAACAGGAAAUGACGUCACACGACAGGAAACCCUGCACAAUGCUCCCACUCAUGCAUGGACGCCUUGGCCUGCAGUUCUGUAGAGGUUUUAUUUUCAACAAAAGUACAGCUAUAUCAGAUAUGGAUUUGUUUUUACAGCAAAGUACAACAUAUUCCCAGUGCUUCUGAUUACAUCAAAACA